AUGCUUGACCGCGGUACCGGCGCGCGGCACGCGCAUCGCAAUCGAUCGCACCACUCAUCGCAGUGUGCGGUGGACGUUCCAUCGCUGUCGACGUAUCGCAAUCGAUUUUGCAACGCAGCGCUGCAGCUUGUUAACCAAAGAGCUCAUCCCUGCUCAUUUAGCAGACAUUGUGGCACAGCUCACGGCCGCGCAGCAGUGGACGCGCUGCAAAUACAAAUGCCCACGACGCGGCGCCGGGCCACACGCCAGGACGAAAGCGAUGACGAGACGACGGAGGAAGCCGUGGCAGCAGUCCUCGACGCCGCGCGCGCCGCCGCCGCCGCGCGCGCCGCCGCCGAGGACGCGGACCUCACGCGGAAAGAGAAGCUCAAACGAUACGUCGCAAGGCGCGUGUCGUCGCGCAUGGUGUCCAUCGUAGCCUUUACGUUGGGCGUGGCGUGGAUGUUUUGCUUUCCCGUCGUUAGUAUUGUGACAGGAGAACUCAAAAUGAGAGGCACGUACUUCGACGAAACGACGCUGUCGCCCAUGGCCGCGCGCGCGACGCUCCACACCUCUGAGGGGUUCCGCGACUACCUCCGGAAGCGCCACGGCUCGUUCUGCGACGAGCUGAUGGCUUUGGACAUUGCCUGCCAGGAACGGUACAACGCGUCGUGGGGCGUCGUGCGCCCGGCGUCGGGCUGGGCCGCCGUCGAGGCCAUCGCGGUCGUGGCCGCCAAUAAACGCGCUAUUCCAAUUGUGCUGGCGCUGGCGCGGUUUCUGAGGGACGCGCCGUGGCUCGGCAAAAACAUCGUGGUCGUGGCGUCGGACGAUCCGCAACGGUGGGUCGGGGCCUACCAUAACGGCGACGACGAGGAUUUGUUGUUUGAGCGGGGCGGAUUAUUACGGGGCGCCGUCCUGAUAAACCUGCCCGAGGCGGAGCCGUACGGCGCCUUGACGCUAAAAGCGCACGGCUUCGACGGCGAACUGCCGAACCUGGACUUUUUCCACCUCGCGGCGACGGCCUUCCCCCAACUCGUACAUACAGAGAGCGGCUUUGAAUCUAGGGCGCCGCCGCGGCCCCGCUCGACGUAUUCGGAGCGGUCCAGGGCGUUAAUGACGUGGGCGAAACGAUUGGCGGGCGGCGCGUCGGGGCCGCACGCCCACUUUUUGCGGCGGGGCAUCGACGCCGUCACGCUCGAGCCGACCCAAGCGCUACCGAACGCGAGGCAGACCUUCGAUGAGAGUAGAGUCGGCACGGGCGUCGAACUCAUAAUAAGGUCAAUGAACAUCGUUGAGCACGAGCUCCACCACGGCGCCUCCCAGUAUCUGUUGAUGGACUCUACAAAAUUCGUGUCCUUCGACGAGGUGGCGUUUCCACUGAUGCUCACGGCGUUGCCGCUCGGCGUCGAGGCCGCCAAAGAACUUAGUGAGUACGCCUUCGACGCUAUUGUGCUACAAAGGGACAUCCCCCACACGAUCGUGCGGCAUUUUUGGUACGUGCUGGCGCCGAUGGCGUUUGGUAUGGGGUCAGUCUACGCGUGUUUCCGCGCACCGCACCUCGUCGGUCUUUUGGUGGGCCUGGCCUACGCCGCGGCGGUGAUUGUCGUAUCACGACUAAAUUCCGACCGUCGAUUAGCUAGAGCGACGCUACUCCUCGCGGCGGGCUACGCGCAUACGCCCCUCGUCCUCUCGCAGCCAUGCGUCUUGCUGUGGGUCGGCGCGCCUCUUACGCUGGUCCUGGCGACGCUGCGGCCGCGCGCCGACGGCUUUUUGUAUGUCGCGCUUUCCUUCUUUCUCUGGCUGGCGCUGUCGCCUCCUUUCAUUGCGUUUUUGACUGUUGGCUCGUGGGGCGCGGCCGUCUCCCUCUUGAGCCGCGACGCCGUCGCGCUGGGCCUGCCGGACCGCAAGCUCCUCUACGCCGGCGUCGCGUACGUGCCCGUGCACGCGGGCGCGCUGGCCUACCUGCUCUUCGCGCCGCGGCGGCCGGCGCCGCUGGAUUUGGAUGUGGAGCUGGCGAAGAAGGAGAGAUAG